UUUGAGAGAGUUGAUGCUGGCCACUAUGAUACGGUUAAAGAAAUCCAAAGACAGUGAGGAGCAGAACCAGCAAGGGGCUUCAGGAGCUCAAGAAGAUCUGCUGUUCAAAGAAUGUAGCAACACCGCCUUGAAAAACAUGUUUCCUUCUAUCAUUGAUGAUUUUACUGAACGUGAGAAUGCACUGAAAGAACAGCUUGCGGCUUGUAAAGACACUGUGAGCACCUUGAAGGACAUGUAUUCAUCCUUGACUGAUGAUUAUGUUCAUGAUGACAGUCAGAUGAAGAGUGAAAAUGAGAAGCUCCAAAGAGAACUGGAGCAACACAAACUCAAAGAAAGAGAGUGGGAACAAAAACUUAAGGAAUUGGAGGACAGAUUAAGGCAGGAGAAAGGUCUGAGUAGAAGAGAGAAGGAACUGGAGUCCAAAGAGGGAGGAACGGCAAAGAAAGAGCAAGAAAUCCAAACUACUGGAGAAGAGCAUAAUCUACACCGCAACGUAGAGCUAACUUCUCCUGGGUUAUCUCAAGAACAACGCAGACCUCUAGAUGAAAGAGGAGAGUUGAGCAAAGAUGAAGAUUCACAUGACAGUGAAUCACUUGAGUUUGGAAAACCUGUGAGACGCAACAGCAACCAAUUCGUGCAACCUUAUA